AUGGAAGUACUUUCUACACGAGUCACAUCGAAUCCAGUCAUCAUUGUCACGAUCUUUGGACAAAUGAUUGAUAAUGCAAAGAAGUUGAACUGGGAAUGUCCUAUUCUGGAGUCUUCAAAUCAGUGCAUCACAGUUGUAAAAGCGUCAGGAUGCUUGGAGUCAUCUCAACUAUCUUAUAACUUCUGGAUAAAUACACAAGUAAUCCAAAAGUAUGCUGAAGAAUCAGAAGUUGGCGUAUCCAAGACUUCUAAGAAUACAUCAGAAGUCAAUGAAUAUCAGAACUCAAGUUUUUGUAAGAAUUACAGUAUCCACGAAACGGUACUUAUUGGAGGAGAGAAUGACACAAACAUAUUCGCGAUUCUUCCGUUCGGGAUAAAUAGUACAAAUCUUUCGAAAACUACGGAAUGUUCGCCGCCAUUUCCACCGGAUAUGUUCAUAUGUAACUGUAGGAGUUCACCAAUUUGUCAAGUUCCUAUUCUGUAUCUAACUCCUAAUUCAACAUUCUGCGGAUCUUCAACAGUUUUUAUUUAUCAUACACGUGGAUUCGUUUACUCUGCUGUGGUGACGUCUUCACCAUCAGAGUCCUCUGAUUCAGAUUCUCAAAAACACACAAUUCUAUAUUUUGAUCUCCCACAAACUCCGCCUCGUUCAAAAUUCGAACUGCAACGUGGAAGAUUUCAUUGUCCUUCUGAAACCGCUUGCAUUACUGAAAUUCUUUAUCCAUUCAUUUUUCUCGACUCAAUUGAACUUCCAUAUCAAAUAGGAAUUUUAGUUGUCUCGGCACUUCUUGGAAUUGUGAUAUUGUCCAAAUUAAAUAAUGAAUAA